AUGCUUCCCGUGACUGAAACUGUGCCGGUCGGAAUGUUCCUCACCUCGCAGGCGAAAGUCCCGGGCACAGGCACAGGGUGGAGGGGCUACCGCCAGGCUUCCGCCAACCUUGAGACUCCAUCAGGCGCAACAAUCCAAAUAUUUACCGACACGGAUCCUACCCAUGUUAUUGGUAACACCUGGUCCUAUUCUGAAAUCGGAAUAAAUCAUCCCCGUCUCAUUUACAACCAGUCCGAAGAUACCUCCCAGGAAAUCCUCUUCGAGUACGCAUUGUGGCAGAUACAGUGGCUCGGAUUCUAUCAAGAGGAGAGCUCAGUAUCCUGGUUUAAUACUACGCUCGAUCCUGUCAUCGAGGGAUUGGGAGGGCCAUACUUCUUCUCGGAGAAUAACACAAUGUCCGUCAACAACACAUUUUUCGAGAUUGCGGAAUCAAAGAAAUCUGCGACUAAUAGUACUGGCACAAGCAAAACCGGCCUCGCCGAUGAUUUAAAACCCGAAAAGCUAGUAGCACGAUCUAAACCACCUCUCAAUAUUGCUCCGCCCAUCGGUGUGCGCUGCACUUUGUCUUCUGUUGCUGGCCUUGCUACUGUCGACGGGACCACAUCGACAUUUAGCGACUUUGAGAGGGUUGACCCCGAGGUUUUGAGCGGGUCUUUUGGAGCGGCCUUUGGCUACGAUGCGGCCUUCAUUCUUCAGAGCGUAGCCAUCGAAGACUUUUACCAGACCACCCGUUCAUCUCCACAAGUGCAGGAAGGAAUUCCAACUUGCGGGACAGCUACUUACACCCGCAAGCCCUGUUACAGGGAGUUAUACUUGCAUCUAGCCUGGAUGCUCUAG